UUGUAACAAGAACCACGUGGUUUCUUAAUAGUCGUCUGUCAUGGCGGGAUUCAUGAAAUGGAAAAAUGGACCUCUCUCCGAAAUAGUUUUUCUAAUUGUGCUUUUUUGUAUAUUAAGUACGCAACAAACCUCAGGAAGUAAGAUCAACAUAGUCAAUAUCAAAGAUGGCCAAGAGUCUGCCAAAACAGGGUCAAAUCACUACUGCUAUCUCAACCCUAUUGUCCCAGGUUGGAAGGAAACAUGGACAAGAAUCCAGGUUCGAGUAUGGAGCUCAAAACAGCUGAAGGUAACUGUUGUGGAGGAUGAGGAGAAGCUGCAGGAGCUAGAACACUUCAGUGUCUGGGGUCUGGUGCAGUACCUAAUGCAUGAGCAGACCAAUGAAACCACCCUCAGCAUCAGCCUGUUCAGCCCAAAGACCUGCUUCAAGAUCAAACCCAUCGACCCUGUAGCAAUAUACACUGUAAAGCCCACACGAAAGUUCGACAUUUUCCUAUUUGUGACAUUCUUGGCUGGAGUGCUGCUGUUCAUCUUUGCAGACUCGCUCAGCAGGAGUCAGGUAUUCUAUUACUCUGCUGGCAUGAGCACAGGUAUGAUUGCCUCCCUCAUCAUCCUCAUCUUCGUCAUGGCACGCUUUUUGCCAAAGAAAAGCCCAUUUUACGUGGUGAUAGUUGGUGGCUGGUCCUUCUCUGUUUACGUCAUCCAGCUUGUGUUCAGGAACCUGCAGCUGAUUCUGAGAGAGCACUGGCACGUGGCUUUUGGCUAUGCUGCAGUGGUUGGGUUUAUCAGUUUUGCUGUGUGCUAUCGUCAUGGCCCUCUUGUGGAGAAGAGGAGUAUCAAUAUCCUGUCCUGGACGCUGCAGUUUUUUGGCCUGCUGCUGAUCUACGCUGGGAUCCAGGUUCAGCAAGUGGCGUUGGCCACCAUCAUUGCUACAUUCUGCUCUAAGAACCUGGAGUACCCUGUUUCAUUGCUCCUUCUUGCGUGGAAUAAAGUCAAGCCAACUCUACGCUGGAAGCCAGAGCCUCGUCGGCUGCUGACUGAAGAAGAGUUCCAGAAACAGGGGGAGGAGGAGACGCAACGUGCCCUGGAGGAGCUGAGAAAGUACUGCAGCAGUCCAGACUUCAGCACCUGGAAGACAGUCUCUCGACUACAGUCCCCAAAAAGGUUUGCAGAUUUUGUGGAGGGCUCACCUCACCUGAUAUCAAAUGAGGUUUCUGUGCAUGCACAGGAAUAUGGAUCCUUCUUUGAGGAUGAUUUCUUUGACACGGAUGAGGACAAUGAUGAGGAGAAUAUGGUGAAUGGCUUGAAAAGAGGAGACCUUGGGUGGAAUGACAGAGACUUGUGAAGAUGCAUAGAUGGGUGUUUUUCCCUGUAGCAGCAAGGUUGAUGGAGCAUAGUGCUGACUGGCCUUUAACCCUCACAGCUCUCCUCCAACCCGAAGACAGGUGUUAAUGAAUCACCAGGAGAUAGUGGAAUCUGGCCAUUAGUAUGCCUGUGAGAAUGUAUUGUAUCCAAGUUGAGGCAUAGAUCCUACUGUAGAUUGCUGAUGGCAACCACCAGUUUUGUAAAUUGACACUUAAAGCCAGACCCUGAGUGGAAUGUACUGAAUUGAAAAUGUAAAUCUAAUUCGUGUGGAAAACUCCCUCGAGUUAGGGGCAUAUUUAUAAAGUUUGGAUUUAUCCCAGUGUUUUAAAUUCAGCUGAGAAACUUGACCACAGGGCUAUACUACAAAGCAGGAUGAAUGAGGUAGCCAGCUAACUUUGAUAAACAAGCAGAAAUAACUGUAGAUUUUCGGGUUCAUUAAGAAAGCUAAGCUUGGGUACAGUAUGUGUUUUGGUUAUUGAGUCAAUUAGACAAUGCACAUUUCAUGCUAGUCUUUCUAAAAAAUAAUAAAGUUAUUUCAGACUAUU